AUGAACAUUUUAUGUUAUUAUCGUGAUUGCACAGAAGAAGAUGCUGCAAAAAUGUAUAAAGAGCACAUUAUUGAUAAAAUUCAAGAUCAAUUGGAAUUUAAUCAAUACUUUACACGUCAGUGGGACAUUCAUAAACAACAGUGGAUAGCCGCUGCCAGACCAAAUGGAUUAACCGUUGUGAAUAACGUUUCUGAAUCUUUAUUUAAAAAGAUAAAAUAUCACGAUUUUGGCUCCGUUAAAAAUCAAAGAAUUGAUGUUUUUGUCAAAAAUCUUUUAGAAGAAGUUGCACCCAAUUACUUUUAUCGUAUUAAAAACGAUUUACUUCAAACAGGUUUUAUUCCUUCAAUUAGAAUUCGCGAGCCUCGAUUGACAGAUUAUAAAACAAAAUUGAAAAGAGAAGUUCAAUCACGUUUAUACCAAGUAUUAAAUUUUGUUCAGAAUCAAGAAGCCAAUUUGAAUCCAUUAAGAUUUUUAUUGGAAAAUGCUGAAGAAAAACUUUCUCAAAUAAAUGAGAAGAUACAAAAUUCAAUUACAUAUUUAAGAUCGUUUGAAAUUCCAAAUGAAUUGUUAGAUACGUAUAUGUUAGAAAUUAAUGAAUUUUGUUAUAAUUCUCCAGAUUAUAUUUUAGAACAUUUCGAAGAAUUUUUGGAGGAUUUCAAAGAAAAGAAUAAUUUAAUAGACUAA